AUGUCGCACUGCGAGUUGAGCGUGGCGCUGUGCUCGGAUGAGUACAUUCGAAGCUUGAACGCGGGGUAUAGAGAGAAAGAUAGCGCGACGGAUGUUUUGAGCUUUCCUGCGGAGAGUUUCGGGCCGAUGGCAGUGCUCGGGGACGUCAUCGUGAGCGUGGACACGGCGAGCGCCCAGGCGCGGGAGGUGGGGCAUUCUUUGCGGGAUGAGUGCCGAGUUUUGCUCGUGCACGGGACUUUACAUUUAUUAGGUAUGGAUCACGAAGUCAGCGAAAGCGAGGCGGAGGUAAUGGCGGCGGCGGAGCAAGAGGUCUUGAAGGCGCUCGGAUGGAAAGUCACCGGGCUCACGAGACGCGCGUCGGGAGAAUCGACGUCCGACUCUUCUUCGACGACGCUCACGACACAGAGAAGUGUGCUCGUGACGGAUUUAGACGGCACGCUAUUAAAUGAAAAUAGUGUCAUCACGCCUCGAGUCGCCGAUGCUUUGCGCCGGGCGAUGGCGUCGGGAGUCGAAGUUGUCGUCGCCACGGGCAAGGCGAGACCGGCGGCGAUUAAAGCCGCCGCCACGCAAGGAUUAGACGGCAUUAUCGUCGGUAAGAACACACCUGGGGUGUUCUUACAAGGUCUAGAAGUGUACGGUCGAGGCGGUGCUCUGGUCUAUGAAGCGAAAAUGCCCGAAGACGUCACGAGAGAUGCCUUCAUGAUGAUGGAUGACGUCGUGCACGACGGAUUGGCGCUCACGGCGUUUUGUGGCGACAAUUGCGCGACGCUUGCGCCGAGCGUACUCUUGGACGAGCUCCACCACACCUAUCACGAACCAGCCAGCGAAAUCGCCGGAUCGGUGGAUGAGAUACUAUCCAAUAACACCGUUCGUAAACUAUUAUUAAUGGGACCGAGCAAAGAGAGCAUUGACGGCGUUCGAUCGAUUUGGGAAGCCGCAUUCAGGGGUCGAGCGGAGGUCACACAAGCGGUGGCGGAUAUGCUAGAAAUAUUACCCCUUGGGAACGAUAAGUCAAAGGGCGUUCGAGCCGUGUUGAAAUCCAUGGAUGUGAAUCCGAUGACGGACGUUGUCGCCAUCGGCGACGGCGAAAACGAUGCCGAAAUGCUUCGAUUCGUCGGUUGCGGCGUCGCCAUGGCGAACGCCACGGAAAAGACAAAAAGCGGUGCCGCACACGUCCUCGAUGCUUCAAACACGCAAGACGGUGUCGCGGAAGCGAUUGAUAGGUUUGUUUUGUAA